CAACAAUGGUCCUCCAAUUUCAUCAUAUAUACGAACCCAAUUCCAUUCUCUCUUUCUUGCCAAUCAGACCAAGCGCUUCUUCCUCCUCCUCGCUCUGGUGGGUCCCCCUCUUUCUCUCUUACCAUCAGCCAAAGGAGGAAGUGGAAGCAGCAGCUGUUUCUUCUUCCUCAUUGCACGACACCUCUGGCUGAUGUUAAGAUAAGUAUCACAAAAAAAAGGCGAGGAUGGCUGUCAGCUAUAAAUUUUGGAAUGAAUGCAUUGAUCCCUUGGACAUGCAAGCACUGUGGAAUGUUCCUAAAGUGAGCGCUGAAUGGGAAGAUGCUGGAGAGACCAAAGGACAGAAAGUUCACCUCUCACGUGAUCCUGAUGGACAGGUUUAUUUGACACAGACUGAGAUGAAGGCUGUGGCUGAGAUCGUCGUUAGCAGGCAUUUUUCUGGAAAGAUAGAUCCUGAUAUGAUUUGUGCUAUUGCUGAACUUGAAAGUGAUAGACAGCCACUUUGUCAGCGGUAUGACAAAAAAGCUAAGGCCACUCACCUAGGGAUGAUGCAAAUUUUACCAAAAACUGCCGAUUGGCUGGCUAGUGAGAAGGGUUACGGGGCAUAUCAAUUGAAUGGGAAUGAACUUCUCCUGUUCAGGCCUUUUGAAAAUGUAUAUUUUGGUGCUGCUUAUCUUAUUUGGUUAUCAAGCUUUGAGCAGAAAGAAAGAAGUGAGGAGUUUGUAGUUAGGGCAUAUAGAGGAGGUACUAAAAAGGCAACUCACAAAUCAACUCUGAAGUAUUGGCAACGGUAUCUUUCCGUCAAAGAAUCUCUUCCAUCCAGAAAAAGUCUUGAAGGUCAUCGAUCUGUUGAAGAGGUUAAUGCUUCUCUUGCCCUCGCUAAAAAGACUGGUUCAUCGCAAAACACAGGAAAGUUUUCAGGUGGUAUGUACACAUAUUGGGAUUCAGUAGCUUCUCCAGAAGACAUGGUGGACAUGUGGAAUCAUCCUGAAGUCUCUAAAGAGUGGACUAAAGCUGGAGAGAAACAGGGACGAGUGCACUUCUCCCAAGAUGAUAAGAAAAGACCAUAUCUUUCUCGGGUGGAACUGAAGGCAGUGGCAGAAAUCAUACUCAUAAAACACUUCAGCACAAAGCCACUUAAAGUUUCAGUUCUUUGUGCUCUGGCAGAGAUUAUAAGCAUGCGAUUCCUGAGUGGCAUUGGACCACGUCCUGGUAUAAUGGGAAUCGACUAUUCUACAGUUGUAUGGCUUUACAGGGAGAUGGGCUUUAGGGCAUAUAGAACUAUUUCUGUUGAUGAUAUUUCCAAGCCAUUUGUGUCAAUGUACUUUGGUGCAGCCUAUUUAGUAUGGUUAGUGGAAUGCGAAGGGAGGUUACAACCUCCACAGUAUAUUAUUCAGGCUUAUAUCUCAGGGCCAAAGAAUGUGAAUCUUCAGGAUACAGGUCCUGAGUAUCUCAAGUUUGAGGAAGCCUUGAGCUACUAUGAAGAUACAAAGCCGAAUCCUAGGGAUCAAGGGAGCUGCACCAUCAUGUAACCUGACAAAUGCCAUCUGCCUACUUUGAUUCUAGAUUCAUCCUUUGAGUUGGACUGAACUCUAUAUAUCAAGUGAAAGCAUUCUUGAGAAGGAGAUGAAUUGACUAAAAGCUGCCAGUGAAUCAUGUUAUAGAAAUGAUUUGUGAUCUUUCUUUCUUCUCUUUUCUAUUUUUUUUGGGCGAGAAAGUAUGGGGGAUCCUGGUAGUCAAGGUGUGUUUUCUUAAGCAGAUAGUUCUGCUGGAUUUGACA